AUGGACCUUAAGGACGGGGACGAUUGUGACGGAAAUGUGGGGGUCGGGGAAGAGAACAGAAUAAUAAAGGAUACGGCGGUGCGCCCCUCCGCGUCCUCCAGCGGCGAAGCUCCACGGGUGUCAUCGCGAGACGAGCUCGCCGAAAUGGCCGCCGCCAGUCAAGGAAACUUUGAGGGAAAGUUUGAGUCACUGGACCUUGCAGAACUUGCUAAAAAGCAGCCAUGGUGGCGCACGCUGUUUGGGCAGGAAUCUGGGCCUUCAGCUGAAAAGUAUAGUGUGGCAACCCAGCUGUUAAUUGGAGGUGUCACUGGAUGGUGCACAGGUUUCAUAUUCCAGAAGGUUGGAAAACUGGCUGCAACGGCUGUGGGAGGUGGAUUUUUUCUGCUUCAGCUUGCCAACCAUACUGCCUACAUCAAAGUGGACUGGCAGCGUGUGGAGAAGGACAUGAAGAAGGCCAAGGAACAGCUGAAGAUCCGCAAGAGCAACCAGAUACCUACAGAGGUCAAGAGCAAAGCAGAGGACGUGGUGUCGUUUGUGAAGAAGAACGUUCUAGUGACUGGUGGCUUUUUCGGAGGCUUUCUGCUGGGCAUGGCAUCCUAGAGGGGAUGACUUCACCACCAAGAGUCCUACGUUUGCCAACCAGCAGCCUCUCCCCUCCACCCUAGGACAGAAAACUCCUCCUCUUCCUCCUCCCUGUCAUGGCGUAUCUGAGUGGCUUUGUAGGCAUCUGGUGGUUCAAGUUGAGAACGGCCCCACUGUGAGCUUGACGGCAAUGGAAGAGACCAUAGAUGUUAGCGCUUAUCUAGCACACUCCCCUGGGACUAAUCUGUAGGUCAGCAAGUAUAUUCCUUUCUCGCGUAAGAUACUUACCAGAACAUAGGACAAGAUGACACACCGAGUGGAUCUUCAAAGGUUGCCCCACACUUGAUUUGGAAAAGACAUUGCAAGCAUAUAAGAUACCUCGUUAAGUUUUGCAUGGAAAGGAACUGAAUACAGUGGCCUUUAAGCUUGAAA